UUCACUGGAAAGUGACGUAGUUAAAAUUCUUAACAUGACUGAGUCCUCAGAUGCGUGCAAAUAUUGAGAUAAAACGAAUUAGUAUAAGGUUAACAAUGUAAAUCAUUUAAACAAUGGCGAAUAUAGGUUACAUAUCAUCAUCAUGCUGACAGUCGUGUUGGGCUGUCAACAUCCCGGCCAGGCUUCUUGUUAUAUAACAUCCUAGACCACAUCUGACAAGCUACGACUAACGUACCAUUGUACUGGGGAAUAUUGCAUUCAUUUAACACUCUUUUAGGGGAUACUUUGGUAUACAUGGAUUAGUGACAUUGGUGGUUGUUUCGUUGCAUUAUUUCGUUUAGAUGGUACUAUAACUGCUAUUUUAACAGGACUAGUGAUAUACAAAAACACUGUGAAAUCUUACUGACAAAUAAACAAUGGAUAAAGUGGUAUUUCUCUUAGCGUUAAUUGCCCUUGUUCGAUGUCAAGUGCCACCAAGUACUUCCGAGGCCCCAUUGCCAGUAUCAGGAAAUGCAUCGGAUAAUGCAGCAGGAAGUGUUGUGUCGACACCGCAGACCCCUAUUCCCGAUCCACCUCUGCCAUCUCCGACUCCCGUCGUUGACCCUUCACCACCAAAAAGCCCAGAAAUUGCGGCCAGGACUGCUGCAGAUCUCGCAGCACUUGGACUUGGUGGAACCAACCAGCCAUGGAACCUGUUCAAUAAACAAGCUCCCUAUGACCUGACUCAAAUCGCAAGAAAUCUACCGCCAACACCUCAAGUUAACAUGUUCGGUCUUCCAUCUGGAGCGAACAGCUUCAUUCCCAAACAAAGAAGAAGACCGUCUCUACCGGUACACCCAGUUCUUGAUAAUGGUGUCGAAUUGCUAAUUUCACAACUACCAAAGAUACGUAAACACCGUUUCCGGCGAGCUGACCUUUACCAUGGCAACGACCCAGCAGUCCCACAUGGAAACAAAGGUCAUUGGCAUCCACCGAAACCACCUUCAGAAGAAAAGAUAUCAGCCGCCAGAUCUCGACCACCACCACCAUCGUCCCUCUUUACGACCGGAUCUAGGACCGGAAGUAGCCAUUACUCCAUGCCUCCGAAGUCCGUCCUUGUGCAGAAACAGACUGAGUUACGGGGCUUUACUUCUAAACCUGCUCGACUCGAGAAUACGCUACAACGAGUGAGCCAAGCAGAAUCUAGAAACAGAUUCCCCAGUCAUUUCUCGUCACAUACAAAAAAGCAAGACCUUAAACAACAACAACAACCUCAACAGCCAAAACAGCCGGGUGUAAUCGCAGAACCAAAUGUCCCGGCCCCGAAUAGUCCCCAUCCAUUUAGUAUAUACUCAGAGCCGAUGGUUGAUACACAAAAAUCCGCGAAAACAAAUCCAACUUCUGAAAAUCAUUCGGAACAAACGCAUGCGCAUGCGCACGGACAUGGCGUUGCACCUCAUCCACAUGAACCGGAAGUUGGACCUCAAGCGCAUGCGCUAAAUUCACACAAUCAGCCUUAUAUUCCAUCACCUGUUAGCCAAUCAAAACCGCCGUACCAAGAAGUGCAACAAAGCGGCAAACCUCAUCGACAACAAGUAUAUGAGCAGCAGCAACAGCAUCAGCAACAAGCAACUACACCAGCACCACCUGCAAAUGGAAAUAAUGAUGUGGUAGAAGCACGAUUCAUCACGAUGUUCGACUCCUGGUUUCAAGAACGUUUCGGUAACACACCACAGACCACGACAGCAGCCCCUCCAACAAUACUGAUUUUGAGAAAUGGACAGACCAAUAAAGAAGUUGUGACACGACUAGGGCCAAGUUUUCAACUGAAACCAGUUAUCCCCAACCCGAACGCGGCCGUCAAGCCCAUGUUUGAUAUCCGAGACAGAAUUCUUCAAUCUCAAGGUCAAAUGCCACCGAAACUUGGAAAUGUUGACAAGGCCCAAGCGCCCGCAGGAGUCGACAAAAAAGCGUUGUUUAAAGAUUUUAUGUCGAUGUUCAAAAACGAGCUUGGCGGUACGAAUCAAGCACAACCUUCAUCAAGUCAAAGUCAAGGACAAUACAAACAGCAAACAAAACCCCCGGAGGUGAUAUCGCGUUCGAAUAGAGGAGGGAAACCAGUCAAGCUUCAAGCAGAUUCGAGACCAGACGCUGGAAACGCCGGUGAAGGUCAAGGUCCGGACCGGCUUGGACCAGGUCACGCGAACGAGCCGGGUGUGGAACAAAACGUCGAACCGGGUGUAGGCGGGCCAAGACACGAACCACAUUCAGAAGGUGGUCCACAUGGCGGCCAUAGGCACGAGCCGAUAUCAGAAGCAGGUGUCGGAAAGUAUCCGAAUGAGGCGAAUCCCACUGAACGGAUUUCGGAAGUACCCAAUCGGGGCCCUGAAGCUGCGCCGUCCCCUAGACACGCUAGACGUCGACCAAGGCCUAACAAACGUCCACAAACCCCGGCAGAGGCGUACUUUUCGGGGGAUCCUGCAUUCCAGCCUGACCCCUAUCCUCCUACUCCAGACGCUCAUAUCCCAAAAUCGAAACCGGCAUCUCAACCACCUCAACCGGACCCCUCCACACCAACCCCGGAAGUUUCCUCAUACACCCCGCCACCUAUAACGACAACAACCUCAGCCCCCGGGAAGAGGGGCCGGUCACGUCCUACCACCCCCGUACCCAAGGUGACUGCACCACCGACCGAACCAACGCCUCGGCCUGGUAUCGACCCGGAUACACUUGCUGACAUCAAUGAAGCCAGAAGUUAUCAGGGAUUACCUCCCUUGGCACCACACCAAGUUGAUAUGGCGGGAAAUAUAAAACCGAAGUUCCGCCGUAAUCAGGGACUAUUUCCAAACAGACCACAUCCACUUAGAGCGCGGAGGCCUCAGGGUGGUAGGCGGAUUACACGGCAACAUCAGCAUCUACACAGGGAGCUACAGGGUCAACUGAACCCCGAGCUUCACAGAGUUAUUCAUUCAUUACUCAGAACAAAGAAUAAUAGACGCAAUAACAUGUUUGGUAACGUAUAUAUGACGACACACAACCCUCAAUUGGCGUUUAACCCUGCUUUGGAUCCGGACUUGAUGGCAGAUCUAAUGGAAGCCCGCGGUGCCACAUGGUCAGGUUGAAACGUGACGUCACAUACGAUGUCACAUGAUCCAAUCAAAUGACGUCAUAUUAUCAUGACGUAGUGAUUAACCUUGGGUGCUUGGUAUUGAUGAUGUUGAUGACUGAAUUCUUGAAAUAAAUGUUAAUAAUGUUGCGAGUUCACCGAAUGCUUCUUAAAGGAGCAAAAUGUAGUUUAAUGUUUAAAAAAAACAUAUGAUGUGUGUACAAAUAAACAAUAUUAGCGUUAUUUUGGCGCUUCUUUUACUUAGGAAUGAAUGGCCACGUAGCUAUUAAUCGAAGAAAAAAACCCACAUUAAUACAUACUAAUGUUUUAUUUAUUUGGACACAAAUCAUUUUGUUUUGUUUUGUUUUCAUUAAAGUUAUUUUUGUUAAUCAUGAUAUAAAAUUAAGUUCAAAACAAAUAUUUUUGCAUCAACUUAUAUUGUGAUCCUUUAAAUAUUUUGCCAUACAAGUUUGUCAAAAAAGGUAAAUAUGCAUAUACACAUUUUUUAAGACUUUAAACUGUUUUUCAAAAAAAAUAUUACAAAAAUAUACCUAUGCCACGAAACAGUAUGAUGGAUCACAAGAACAUAAAAAAUAAAUUAAAUAUCGGCCAUUUCAAGCACAUCAAAAAGGUUAUAUACGAAAUUAGAGCUUUUCAUUCCUGCCGAAGAUUAAACUGAUCUAUUUUUAGAUAUUUUUGUACAUGUGCAUACAUGUUUUCCAUUCUUAAUAUAAAACUGUGCAUUCUAUAUUUAAAAUUGUUGUCAACUUUAGCAUUGAAUAUGUAACCAAGCAGUAUAAGAUGGGAUUCAUUACCAGUGUAUGUAUACCACGUGAUAAAUUGCGUCAUAAAUGCUAUAUCGGAUGGCAACUUUUCGCUUCGAAUAAAGACUUUAAACAAAGAUUACUUCUAUAUUUCUUCACCAUUUUAAAUGAAACAUAACGCAGUCUACGCCGCUUUCUGAGCCCCGCCUUCUGUCUUUUACCAGAGUUUGAUAGAGAGAGUUUUAUAAAACACUUCGACAAACCUUUUCACAAAACGGCCGCCUGACGGAGUGUUUGAUGAAACUAAUCACUUUAUCAAAAUUCGAUAAUAAAACGAAGGCGGGUCUCUUUAAGUGGCAUAGACUGCCCUUUGUUUCAUUUAAAAUGGUGGAGUAAAAGAUAAAUUAUCUUUGCCUUAAGUCUUCAUUUUAAGUAAAAGUGUUGCCUUCCGAUGUAGCAUUUAUGACGUAAUUUAUCACGUGGUACACACACACUGACUACGUUGUAUUAAUUGUUUGGUUUAUGGAAGCAUUUGCGGCUGGUUGCCUUCAAUCAUUUAUUGAUUUAUUUAGUGAAUUUAUUUAAUAUAUGUUAUAUGAUGCGUCCAAACAAAACAUAAAGACUGAAAUAGUUAUAUAAUUGAACUAUUCGUGGGGUCACACACUGAAAAAACUCUCAGGCGAAUGAAUACGGUGAGUUAUAAUAAAUCAGAACUAUCAUUUUAGCGAAUACGUUUUGUAGGGAAAAUGGUUUUACCAUCGAUCGCUAUUCUUUUCAAACAAAAUGGAAACAUUUUUACGUAUUUCUAGGUCGCUUGCUUUCUACAUUUUCCUUCGACCAAGUCCGUUUGACAAAAAUAAAAAUAAAAUAGCUUGAGAUUUUUUUCUGGCAGACAAGUUUUAAUUCAGUUCCAAGAAUUGACGCCUUUUACGCGAAUACACGAAAGAAAUACAACUUAGAUUACUUUUAUUCUUCGUUUUAAUCGUUUUAUUUUAUUAAUAGUUUGCUCAGUUUAACUGUGAUACACAGGGAAAUAGUAUGUGUUGAUUUUUAAAAUUGUUCAGACUUUAAUAUUUCCUUUAUUUUAUUUAAUUUCAACAUAUUUUGAACUUGAUUUUCAAUUAAUUUGGUUUAAAUAUUUCGUUGGCAUUUUAACGUAGUUGAUCAACUUUCUUAUAUAAGUAAUAUGAUUAUUUAUGCAUUUUGUUAUGUUUAUUUUUAUGAAAAAAGUCUAUCCCAUACAAUGGAUUUUAUAACAAACAUUUCACAAAUUCUUUUUUUUUUUUGGCAUAAUACUUUUUCACUUUUUACUUUUGGAUUUGAUAUUGAGAAUGUCUCAAAUCUUAAGUGUCUAUCUUUAUAUUAUAAUGUCUUUCGGCCGAGUCUGGAGAAAAAGAAGGUUUAUAUUAAUUUUGAACAAUUGAAAAGUGUUUUAUGAAUUGAGAACUUAAUUACAUAAAAUGAACCGAAUACAAAAUUACACACUGUCAAUUUUAUGAAAUGUACAUUUUGUCAUGUGUUUUUAAUACAUUUGCUUUAAACUGCACUCUCGCAGAUUUACCGUUUUUACAACUUUUUAUUUGUUUCUGUAAAUGGGCCAACUUUUGCGUAAUUAUCUGCAAACCAGUGAUAAAAGACUGCUGACAAAAGAUCAGAUGGCAGAUUUUUAUAUUUCCGCUCAAAAGUUCAUGUUUUAUGGCUAAAAGCGUUACUAACGGUACGAAAAAACAACCUGAAUAACUUUAUGUAUACUACAUUUUCCUUAAUUCAUAAUAAGUAAAUAGCAGACAAUACCACCUAUAAUGGGGUUAAUAGACGAUAACAUUUAUCACUAUGCUUAAUAAAAACAUUUGAUGAUCAUUUCACUUAAAGCUGCACUCUCAAAGAUUGACAGUUUUGACAACUUUUUAAUAUUUUGUUAGGAAUGAGCUAAUUGUUGCGGUAAUGUCUGGAAACCAGUCAUAAGUAACUACUGACUCAACGUCAGAUUGCAAUGUUUCAUAUGUACGCAUAAAUAUUAACUCAUAAAUUGAUGUUUUAUGGCUAUGAACGUUACUAAUGUUGUUUAAGAAAAAUGAGCAUUUUGGCAGUUUUCCAAGCAAUGGAGAUAUGUUCUUUCGUGAGCUAUCUUAUAUGACUACAUGGAAGGCUUUGGUUCCAAAUUAGCUGAUUCUGAGACAAAAAAUAAAAUAAAAGUUAAAUCUGCCAAUCUGUGAUAGAGCAGCUUUAAGACAAAACCUUUUAGCUAAUGCAUCCAUGUUCAUACGAUGCAAAGAGACAUUUGUAUAAAGAGGUUAGAUAGGAAUGUUGAAUAUGCGUGUGUAUGUACUGAUGAAAGUAUCAUUACAAAAUAGUGUUGUUAAAGUAUGGCGUUGUUACGGAAAUAAAGAA